UAGCAGAAAUACAUCUAAGUUUGUAUAUCAAUAAGUGAAAGUAAACAUAUGUUGAAAAGCAAACAAUGCAUAUUUUAGUGUUCCCAGAGACCCUGGGGUGAAUUUGGACAGUUAAGUGCUGCGCUGCCUGCGCAGCAUACAGGGAGAGGCAAUUGGAAACAUUCUUCUCCAGGCUGUGUUAGCAUGAGUUGGGUGUGACUUUUAAGAAGCAUGUCUCAACUAGAGAGGAAGGAUGGACCAAUAGUUUGUAAUUCAUGGGAAGCAGACCAAGAAAGACUGGGAAGACAGACAAAUGCUGAGAUGAGACGUACACAGACAUAAUCCCUGCCUGGAAUCCACUAGGACAGUAAAAUGACAGCAAGAAAUCCAAGCAGGAUAACCUCAACUACAUCAGACUGCUGAGCCAGAGGCUACUUCACCACCAGGUCGAUCUGUUUCCAAAAUGAACAGCUGUGUCAAUAAUUAUAACAAUGACACCAUCCUCAGUUCCCCGGCUUCCCGCAUCCCUGGUGCCAUAUUUCUGGGAUUGGCGGCCACCUUGGGUUUACCUGGGAAUACAUUUAUUAUCUGGAGCAUUUUGUGGAAAAUGAAAGGCCGGGAAAAGUCAGUAACUUGCAUCUUAAUCCUAAACUUGGCAGUGGCUGAUGGGACAGUCCUUCUCCUCACUCCAUUUUUUAUCAUAUUUUUGGCCAAGAAGAGCUGGAUAUUUGGCAGACCUGUCUGUAAAAUUGCAUAUUACCUCUGUUGCCUUAACAUGUAUGCCAGCAUUUUUAUUAUUGCUCUCAUGAGCUUGGACCGGUUCCUAGCUGUUUUCCGACCAUACCUGGCUCAGUCUCUCCGCAAACGUGAUGUGGUGGUAAAGGUCCUUGUAGCCAUAUGGCUUCUAGCAGGUGCUUUGGCACUGCCAGCAUUUGCUUUCAGGGAAGUGAUAGUCAACAAAGACAUGAAUGCUACGAUAUGUGAACCUUGCCAUGCCAGCCGAGCAGAAGCCAUUUUCCAUUACUCCUUUGAGACAUUGGUGGCUUUCUUGCUUCCUUUUCCUGUGGUGUGUUUUAGCUAUAUGCUGGUGUUAAUUAAACUAAAGUCAAGCCACUUUGGACAACGGUCACGGAUCGAGAAGUUGAUUGCUGUUAUUUUGGUGACUUUUGCCAUCCUAUGGCUUCCAUAUCAUGUAGUCAAUGCUAUGCAGGUGGCUGCCAAUCUCACCACUGGAAGUAUAUCUGAGACUCUAGCAAAAGCAGCUAAAAAGAGCCGAGCUGGAGCCACUGCUUUAGCAUUCUUCAGCGCGUGUGUCAACCCUUUACUGUAUGCCUUUGCUGCUUCUGACUUGUUUAGGGUAUUUGGAGUGGGUUUUGUAGCCAAGCUACUGGAGGGAACUGUGGCAGAAAUACAAAAACGGGUUAAAUCUCAACGUGAGCUUGUUAAAGGUCUUGUGAGAGUUGGGAGUCGGGGUGAGUCAGUGGAGCUUGAAUUAAAAAAUGGGGUAAAAUUAGAACCACUUAAUGGUGACUAUGCAUGUAAUAGUUAGCAAGAUGGUUACAAGUUGUAAAGA